AUGAGAGCUUUUAGGAAAAGUGUUCAUUCCAGUGUAGAAGCGCGACUUAUAAAGGGCAAGUUUCCUUCUAAUCUACCUGAAAAUGUUUCCAAAUAUUGUGAAAGUCUAAAAUAUAUCUUGGAUGAUUUAAAGUCUUCUGCAGUAGAAACUAACUGCUUCCAUCCUCAGCUUUUGUAUCGCGGGAGGUUUGAUAGUAUAGUGUUUUCAAAAGAUAUAAACGAACCUAUUUUGACUGAAUGGAAAACAGUACACGAAUCCAAAAGAAUAUUGACUAUUGAGCAGGCUUAUGAUAGUCCAUUACAAGUUGCCGCGUAUAUUGGAGCUUAUAACUUUACUCGUUAUCCUGAAUCUUUGCCUGUCAAAAAGGAAUGCUAG